GUCGACUGAGCAGCGGCGCGUGGCGGUGCUCCUGGCGGGGGUCGGGCGAUCGGAGCUGCGCGGGAGGAGCAGGAUGGCGGCGGCGGCGGGCGAGGCGCGCCGGGUGCUGGUGUACGGCGGCCGGGGCGCGCUCGGCUCCCGCUGCGUGCAGGCCUUCCGGGCCCGCAACUGGUGGGUCGCCAGCAUUGAUGUGGUGGAGAACGAAGAGGCCAGUGCCAGUGUCAUUGUUAAAAUGACAGACUCAUUUACUGAGCAGGCUGACCAGGUGACUGCGGAGGUUGGAAAGCUCUUGGGUGAUGAGAAGGUGGAUGCAAUUCUUUGUGUGGCUGGAGGAUGGGCCGGGGGCAACGCCAAAUCCAAGUCUCUCUUUAAAAACUGUGACCUGAUGUGGAAGCAGAGCAUGUGGACAUCCACCAUCUCCAGCCACCUGGCCACCAAGCACCUAAAGGAAGGAGGCCUCUUGACCUUGGCUGGUGCCAAGGCUGCCCUGGAUGGGACUCCUGGGAUGAUCGGCUAUGGCAUGGCCAAGGGUGCCGUCCAUCAGCUCUGCCAGAGCCUCGCAGGGAAGAACAGUGGCAUGCCAUCUGAGGCUGCAGCUAUCGCCGUGCUCCCGGUUAUCCUGGAUACCCCGAUGAACAGGAAAUCAAUGCCUGAGGCUGACUUCAGCUCCUGGACACCCUUAGAAUUCCUGGUUGAAACCUUCCAUGAUUGGAUCACAGGGAAAAACCGACCGAGCUCAGGAAGCCUGAUCCAGGUGGUGACCACGGAAGGAAAGACGGAGCUCACCCCUGCUUAUUUUUAAGCUUCAUUUCAGUGCCUGGGAGGAGUCUGCCAGAAAAGUCACUAACCUGUCUCAGUGUGGCCACCAUGCUUGGCCCUGUGUUUUCUCUGUACUUGAUUGUGGUACAAAAUAGUGAGCCCUGUUUUUCUUUCACCUAUGUAUAUUUGCUUUCUUGGGCUACUGUAAUAUGUUUAUGUGAACUAAUUUGUGAGAGCAGAGAGUUGCAGAUGGCUCCGACGGCCUGUGUUAACUAUACGAGGCGGUCUGGACAGCCGUCUACACUGGGUCAUGUUAGAUUGCUUUUGAGACUCUUACUGUCCCUGACAGUGACUGUCCUCUUGAUGAGGUCAGUGAUUUGUUGGGGGCAUUUUGAGGACCAUGUUAUUUUUGAAUGUUAUGUUUAGGUCAUAGAUGUAGUUAUGUGGCCUCCAGUUAAACUGCCUUAAAACUUCUUUUGUAGUGAAAGCAAAAUCCCAUUGACUCUGUCAUGGUGUCCUUUUCUUGUGCAGUUGCUAAGUGUCUGGCCGAGGGCCAAGUGUGCAAGAGCACUACUUGUUAGUCUUUUAAGUGUUUCCUAAUAAAUAU